AAAACCUUCACAAUCUCUCUCCCUCUCUCUCUCUUUUCCUCAACAUGACAUCAAGAACAUUCACAAGACUUUCCAAUCUCAUUCAUAUUUUUCUCCUGCUUUCUCUCGUUUUCUCAGGGAAUAUACUACAAAGAGUAACGUCUCUUGGCAUCAAUUACGGACAAGUUGGGAAUAAUUUGCCUUCACCUGAUAAAGUUAUUAACCUCUUGAGAUCUCUAAGGAUCACAAAAACAAGAAUCUACGACACUAACCCUCAAAUCCUUAGUGCCUUUGCAAAUUCAAACAUCGAGAUCAUCGUCACAAUCGAAAAUCAAGUUUUGCCAUUAUUACAAGAUCCUCAACAAGCUAUCCAAUGGGUGAAUUCUCACAUCAGACCCUAUGUUCCGGCCACUAGGAUUACCGGAAUCAUGGUCGGAAACGAGCUUUUCACCGACGACGACUCUAGUUUGAUAGGAUACAUGAUGCCGGCGAUGAUCAACAUCCACAAAGCCUUGGUCCAAUUAGGUUUAGACAGAUAUAUUCAAGUCUCAUCUCCGAGCUCUCUUGCUGUUCUCGGUGAAUCUUAUCCUCCAUCUGCCGGGAGUUUCAAGCCGGAGGUUUCCUCCGUGAUGCAACAACUUCUAGAAUUCUUGGAAGCCACGAAAUCUCCUUUUUGGAUCAAUGCUUACCCUUACUUUGCCUACAAAGAUAACCCACAAGAAAUCCCAAUCGAUUACGUUCUCUUCAACCGUAACAUCGGCAUGACCGAUCCCAACACGAGACUACACUACGACAACAUGAUGUAUGCUCAAGUAGAUGCAGUUGCUUUCGCGGCUGCGAAAUUAGGGUACCGUAACAUAGAAGUUAGGGUUGCUGAAACAGGGUGGCCUUCAAAAGGAGAUGUCGGAGAGAUUGGAGCGUCUCCUUUGAAUGCUGCCACGUAUAACCGGAAUCUUAUGAUGAGGCAAUUCGCCGGAGAAGGAACUCCGGCGAGACGGAAUGCAAGGCUAGAUGUUUAUAUAUUUGCGUUGUUCAAUGAGGAUAUGAAACCAGGUCCUACUUCGGAGAAAAACUACGGUAUAUUCCGACCGGAUGGAUCAUUAGCUUACAAUUUGGGAUUCUCUACAAUGUCGACAACGACGGCGAAUUCAGAAUCUGUCACUUAUUCAUCCUCUGCCACUAAGGCAAAGAGGAGCUUGGAAUAUUGGACAAUUUUGAUAUUGGCGAUGGUUCAAGUUGUAAUGUUGAGACUAUUUUAGAGGGAAAGUUACGUUAUUGAGAAUAUAAUAACGCGAUUGGU